AUGAAAAGCCUCGCUGAGGCAAAACGCGACGAGGAACAGCGCAAGCUUGCGGAAGCGUUAAAUAAAGAUCGAAAGGAAUCUUUUGUGGACGCACAUUUGAAGGCAGGAACUAGCAAGCCUCAGAAUGUAGCUGCCGCCGGAGAAAGAGUGCCGUUCGAUCGCGAAAGGGAUAUAGGAGGUGCUGAUGGUAAAAAGAUGUCUCUCGAGGAAGUGAAGGAACGUGCAGGACAGCUGAGCUCCCGCUUUGCGUCUGGAACCGGCCAAAAGUUCCUUUAA